UACAGUUCCGUGAAGGAAGUAUCGAUGCCAUUAUGACUUUCAAAGACAAAAAUGAAAUGUCAUUACAGCUCGCUGUUGUCCCAGACAUUAUCACUCGAAAGAUAAGGAACAAUGAGCUGGCCUUGCAGUGGGAUGGAGAAGACUGGCUGGCCGAUAAGGAUGAGAUUGUGGUGGAGGCCACGUUUGAGGCUUUCAUAACAGAACAGCCGGAAGAACCAGAGGAACCGGAGAAGAAGGGUCCUAGUCUGGUUGUCAUCAUCAUCCUCGUCGUGGUCUGCUGUGUGGUGGGAUGUCUCGUCCUCAUUGCACUCGUCUAUUGUUUCUGUCGACGGAAACAAUCAAGCUUCAGCACCCAGUCUUCCAAUGACCAUCUGUAUGAGAGCAAUCUGAAGCAACCACCAUCACUUGCAGCCACUAAUGCAAUGUACGGAUUACCCCCCAAACUGGAUAUCAACUACAUGCCUUAUGUUGUGGAAGAUGACAGCAAGUUCAUCAAAGAAAAACUGUAGAUGUGUGGAAUACUACAACAAACACACAACAUACUAUUCCGUAAUGUGUGGAAUCUAAAACAAACACAACACACUAUUUUGUAAUGUGUGGAAUCUAAAACAAACACAACACACUAUUUUAUAAUAUGUGGAAUCUAAAACAAACACAACACACUAUUUUAUAAUGUGUGGAAUCUAACAACACACUGUUUUCAUAAUGUGCUAUCUAAAACACAACACACUAUUUCAUAAUGUGUGGAAUUUAAAACAAACACAACACACUAUUUCAUAAUGUGUGGAAUCUAAAGCAAACACAACACACUAUUUCAUAAUAUGUGGAAUCAAAAUCAAACAAAGUACACUAUUUCAUAAUGUGUGGAAUCUAAAGCAAACACAACACACUAUUUCGUAAUAUGUGGAAUGAAAACACAAGCUACUUUAUACAUACCAAUAACAUUUUUAGAGAUUUACCAGAACAUCUAUGUAAAUCUGUGAAAUCCUGAGACUUCUGAAUUUCCUUCAAUCACCAAAUGCUGUAUCAGUAAGAUUAGCUGUGAUCUACAAGUAUAUUUUGUUACUAAGCAUGAAUAAAGACAUAUAUAAACAUUAAGUCAAGAUGUGUGGUAGACCUCUCGGUGCAUAGUAAAAUUAUUACAAUAUCUCUUUAAAUGUUUAUUGGCUUUUUAUGAUUUGGUUUGUUCCAAACUUAGUUUGACCCUGAUGUUUGUCAGAUUAAUUUUAUAUUAAUUAUGUCUAAUUGUUACACGAUCACAAAAUCCAUAUACAAGAAAUGUUGCAUAUUAUAUUAUUUUGUCUGUACAGUAAGACAAGCUUUCUCAUACAGCAUAAAUAAAUAUAUCAUCUGUACGUUCAGAGUAUGAGUACUUAUAUACAUAAUUUAAAGUUAUGUCUUUGAUAUCGUGAUGAGAAUAUUACUUCUGUCAAUUAAGUACAUGUGACUAAUAUACAUAAUUAUAUUCCGUCUUCUGAAAACUGGUUCCAUUAUGUACAACCAAUUUGUCAUUUCACAUUUUAAUUUAAAUCCUUAUUCUGGUAUAACCAACAUGUACCUUCAUGAAAUUAGAAAGCUUGCCAUAAUUUAAAGUCGUUCUGAGUUUGUUGCUACUGUAAAAAAAAUUGCCAAUAGUGUUUUUUAAUUGUUAAAAUCACAAAAUGUUGGGGGUUUUCGUGCUUACAAUAUGAAUCUCUGUGUACAUGUUUUUCUUCUGAUUUGUAGUACAUGUACAAUAUGAAUUUGUGAUCACAAUAAUUUUAUAGCUAUUUUUUUAUUUUUUAUUAACCAUGAUUUAAAACUGAAAUGACUCGAGUCCAAGGGAAUCCCUUUAAUGGCUAAGAACUCAGUAUGUCCUUUAAUGUAUGGUUGUUAUGUCUAGCGUAGAUAGCUUAAUAGUGCUAGUUGCUAAUAAGGUCACCGUAGACAGUUUUUACGUGUCUACUAACAUCUCUGCUCAUUGUAUACCUGUGCAUAUUCUAGAUGUUUUUUUAUAAUGUUUUGAUACUGUGUAUUUUUAUAUCCAAUUUUAUGUGUAUGUAUUUUUCAACCUUUCUCACAUUUUAAAAAAUAUUUUAUUAAACCACCUGUGAUAAUAAUUAUUUUGAUUGGGAAAACAUAAUUUAAACAUGAUUAAUUGUAAGAAUCAAAAACAUUGUAGAAUAUAGCAUUUGGCUUGUAACCGUUAUGUUUGGUAAGCUCUUGUUGGAGUUAGUGAUUGUGUUAAUGUCCAGCAAGACACCUUCUUGAUAGAUCUGUGUUCUGAACACAUCAAAGGUUUUAUAUAGUAUGUGUAAUAAUGCCAGUCUGUUCUUCAUGAGGAAUGGAUACCUAAGUUUGAUGACAGAGGCUUUUAUUAGCAAUGUAUUCCUUGGGAGACAAGAUCACACUGGGCUGACAAUUAGAAUUGAUUACGUCUAUAGUCAGGAUUUUAAUUUUUUUUUAAACUUUAAAAAACAUGUUUCAAUUUUUUUUAAAUAUGAAAAAUCCAAAUAUUUUUUUUUAUAAUUAUUAUAUUAUUGUAACAUGGCAUAACUCGUAUUACAUAGUUUACCAACAAAAAGAAAAGAAAAAAGGAAAAGAAAAACCUACAUUAAAAGAAAAAGAAAGAAAAUAUGAAAUUGUGGACUCAAUUUUUUUUAAAACCUACAUUAAAAUAAAAAGAAAGAAGAUAUGAAAUAGAGAACUAGUGUCAGCUUUUCAUAUAGUGGACAUAACUAAUUCUGGUUAUCGGCCCUUGACAAAUAGAUAUAUGUAGAUGUGUACCCGUUAAGGCAGCCUGUACCUAGGAUGCGUUCUAUGUUGCUGGUCGAUAUACCUACCCUACCUUUAAUAGCACACACAAAACACAGUUACGGCAGUGGUUAUUCUUUCAGAGCAAGUAGGCCAGGUAAGUAGGGAACUUGGCAAUUUGGAAACAUCAAAAAAAAAGAAGAAGAAGAAGAGUAAAUUAUAACACAUUUAAAGAUAAAAUGUUGAGGAAUUUAUAAUAUUGAAAUCAUUAUCAGCUUGUGUUGCUGUUGUGCCGUAUAAUAUUAAAACAAACUCCUGUAAUAUUACAAUACUCAUUUCAGUUUAUUUUUAUUUUGUAUAUUAAAAUUAACAUGUUGCAUGCUGGUACAUGUAGAUGGUAUUUGAAAUGGUUGCCCCUUUGAGAGACAUGCUGAUGAUUUUGUACUUAACUUUUGUAUUUUUACUUUUUUUUCCAUUGUUUUUUACUGACAUGGCUCAAUAAUGGUACUUAAUGCAUUCCUUUUUGUAUUCUUGCUUAUAAUAAACAGAGUAAAUACAAA